AUGGACGAAAUCAGUGCAUUGCAUGAUGACUUGCUCGUUAAGAUAUUAUCGUUUCUUCCCACUAAAAAAGCUGUGUCCACUAGCAUUUUAUCUAAGCAUUGGGAGUUUCUUUGGAUGUGGUUGCCUAAACUCAACUACAAAACUAAGAGGGGGUUAAUUAAUUACAGUAACCGAGGCCUUCGUAAUUUUAUUGACAAGAAGCUGCCAUUACAUAGAGCCCCGGUCAUAGAAAGCUUGUGUCUCAACUUAUUCGGUAAGGAUAUUAAACCCAAAUAUAUUAGAAAGUGGGUUGAGAUUGUAGUUUCUCGCCAUGUACGUGAGCUGCAAAUUUCUUAUAACUUGGCGAAUGGAAACAUUUUCCCGAGUAGCUUGUUUAGCUGCAAAUCGCUUGUGAUCUUGAAACUCAAAGACAUGGUUCUUAUGGAUGUUCCCUCUAUGGUUUGUCUCCCCUCUCUCAGAACUUUGCAACUUGAAGAUGUGAAACUAGUAGAUGGGAAAUCUCUUCAAGAGCUUCUAUCUAUGUGUCAUGUUCUCGAAGACCUGUCAUUGUUUUUCUAUGAGGGUAACGAUAUCAAAGAGUUCACUAUUAUCGUCCCGUCUUUACAGAGUUUAUGUAUCUUUAUAGCUAAGAACUUGCUUGUAGAUGGGUAUGUGAUAGAUACUCCUUCUUUGAACUAUCUGAAACUUGAGGAUUGGAAUUAUUUUCAACACCAUUGUUUUAUUAAGAAUAUGCCUAAGCUGAGGGAAGCAUUUGUCAGUGUUUUUGAAUUCCCUGAUCUAAAGUGUCUUAUUAGAUCAAUCACAUUUGUCAAGCGUCUUAGAAUAUGUUCCCAGGAUGUGUACGGUGAUGGUUUUAUUUUCAACCAGCUCGAGCAUCUGAACCUAUGUGUGUGCAAAGAGGGUUCGUUGAAUCUCCUUGGCCAGUUGCUUAAGGAUUCUCCUAACUUACGAGUAUUAAACAUCUUCCUUGAUGAAGAACAUGAGGAUGAUCAGGAGCAUGAUUGUAUGGUUUGCUGGAAUCGACCGAGUCCUGUUCCUAAAUGCUUGUUGUCCAGUCUACAAAUUUUCAACUGGUCGGGAUACUUAGGAACACCACAAGAGAGAGACGUUAUGGUUUAUAUCUUAGAAAACGCUUGCCACAUAAAGGUGGUAACAAUCUCGUCUCCACCAAGUUUGUUUUUAACACUUGACAUGUUAAAGGAGUUGGCAUUUUCUCCCCGAGCUUCAACCACAUGUCAACUUGUUUUGAACUGA